CGGUGGCGCAGGCGGGCCGGGCUGCGGUGCGCUUCUUCACGCACCGGCGGGCUGUCCUCAGGACUCUUGUUCUCCCGGGACGGGCAGGCGGAGGGUCGCAGGCUGGGAGCCUCAGCGUAGCACGGCUACCGCUGCCCCGCUGUCCCCGGCCAGUCGUCAGCGGCGUCCCGCGGCGAAGGCGUCGCUCCGUAAUGGAAGAAUCUCAAGAUCUGGUUGUGGAAGAUGCAAAUAUUAAAGCUAUUAAUGAAGAGUAUAAGCAAGCCUUUAUUUUUAUCAAUAGAGGACUGAACACAGAUGAACAGGGUCGGAAGAAAGAGGCAAGAAGUUAUUAUAAGCAAGGGCUUGACCACUUGCUCCGAGGAAUCAACAUUCCAUCGCAGGGUCCCACAUGUGUAGGGUCCCAGUGGGAGUCUGCCAGGCAAAUGCAGCAGAAGAUGAGGGAGACCCUCCGAAAUGUUCAUGCUCGACUUGACAUUCUAGAAGAAAACACCUCACCUGUACAAACAAGUCCUGCUGCAAUGGCUGCCCCUGCUGAGGUGCCCAAGUUGUACCCAUCUAUUCCUUCCAAAGAAGAGCCAGAAAGGCCCCCUGCUCCUACUUCUCUGUUUGUACCAAGCCAGCCACCUGCAGCAGAUGGAAGUGGUGUAACCAUGAGCCAGGGACAAAUUCCAGCUACAAGUCCAUCAUCUGCAAAGCCUCUCUGUCUGCCAAGUGAAGCACCUCCUGCGUACACUCCUCAAGCUACCAAUGGCCAUUUUACUGUGUCUUAUGGCACAGACUCUGGGGAGUUUUCUUCUGUAGGUGAGGACUACUACCAUAAGUGUACUCAGCCACCACCCCUUGAAAACCUGGGAGUGGCUGUAGAUGAGCUGAUCUUGAUUCCCCAAGGAGUACAGAUAUUCUUUGUGACUCCUGAUGGGCAAGUUAGUGCUCCUUCAUAUCCUGGCUAUCUGCGCAUUGUCAAAUUCUUGGAUACGGACAGGGAGGCUGCCCAGAAUCUCCCUUCUGCAUUUCUUCAGGUUUGUGACUGGUUGUAUCCUCUAAUGUGUAACCAGUCUCCUGUUCUGUGCUGCAAUACUGGAGUCUACAUGUUCCCUGACUCCAUGUCCCAGUUACCAGGGUCCUACGUGGGAGUAGUGCUUUCUUCAGAACUUCCAGCAGCUGACAGAGAGCUGUUUGAGGAUCUCUUAAAACAAAUGUCUGACCUUCGAAUACAGUCACAGGUGCCAGGAUCCCUUAGGAGAGUAGGGUUAACUUCAGAGCUCCCAGCAACUGAGAGAGAGCAUUUUGAAGAUAAAUUUAAACAGAUGUCUGGCCACAAAGUCCAGCCUUCAGAAGCCUCCAGUGAUGCAGUUAACUUGCCUCAGACUGUACAUAUCCAACCUCAACCUGAAGGAGAAGAAAAACAGAAAGAGCUGCCAGAAUGGAGUGAGAAAGUUUCCCACGCAAUUUUGUCAGGUGCAUCUUGGGUAAGCUGGGGCCUAGUAAAAGGAGCAGAAUAUACCGGUAAAGCUAUCCACAAGGGAGCUUCUAAACUGCGAGAACACAUUCAACCAGAAGAAAAGCCUCUGGAAGUCAACCCAACUGUAGCAAAGGGACUUCAUGUAGCAAAACAGGCUACUGGAGGAGCUGUGAAAGUCAGCCAGUUCCUAGUUGAAGGAGUGUGCUCUAUAGCAAACUGUGUUGGAAAGGAACUGGCUCCCCAUGUGAAGAAGCAUGGCAGCAAAUUAGUUCCAGAAUCUCUUAAGAAAGAUAAAGAUGGCAAAUCUACUUUUGAUGGUGCUCUGGUGGUAGCAGCAAGUGGAGUUCAAGGGUUAUCAGCAGUGUGGCAAGGUUUAGAAAGUGCAGCGAAGUGCAUUGUUAAAAGUGUUUCAACUGAGACUGUAAAAACAGUCAAAUACAAGUAUGGAGAUGAUGCUGGCCAUGCUACAGACAACGCUAUGAAUUCUGCAAUCAAUAUUGGUGCGACAGCAUUUAAUAUCGACAAUCUUGGUAUCAAAGCUGUUGUAAAGAGAACUGCAAAGCAAACCAGCCAUGCUGUCUUAGAUGAAUAUAAAGUACUGGAUAAUGAGAAGAAGGAUAAAAAGUAAAAGCAAUUAAAUACUUUUCAAAGCCUUACAUUAGAUUUUCCUGUUUAGAAAUAACUACAUUGCUAAUCUGCAAUUUGACACAAAUGACACUGUACUCUUCAAGUAACUAUUAUUUAGACAUGUAAAAAUGUAAAAGAAGGAAAGGCAUCUGUAGCAGGAAAAAUGAAAGUUGUCUUAACUCCUUGUUCCGUAUUGAACAAGGGUCCUGAACAACUGGAUCGGAGAUUUAGACAACUGGAAGAGGAUGAGUUUGCAGUUAAUAAACUGUAAGCACACUUUCAAAAUAUAAUAUGGAGAAAUAGAUUUACUAUAGAUAUACUAUUAUAAAUAUUUUUGUAAUUCUUUAUAAAGAAAGUGGCGAUACAGGACAGAUACUAUUUUGAAUUCUGAAACAAGUAGGAUUACCAGUUCUGAUGUUUAACUAUAUAAAGAGUUUUGCUGAAACAGCCUUGUCGUAUUUAAUAUGCACUCCUAAAAUAAGAUUUGUGGUUUGUUGUUUUGGUUUUUUGUUGUUGAGAAUUUCCCUUUUCAGUUACCAAACAGCUAAUCUUAUCCAAAGCUCAUGUUAGAAGAUAUGAAAGAUGAACCUUGGGUAACUAGGUAUUUAUUCCCUUUAACUGUUUGGGUUUUUUUUUUUCCAUCUAGGAUAUAAAACCAAAGAAAUCAAGUGUUUCUUCUAAAAGAGGGUAUUUACAGCUGUGGAAAAAAUAUAUUGUCCUAUUGACUCUAAGGAAUAUAGAAAGAUUCUUUAAAAUUGAGGAUUUUUUAUGUGGAGGGGAUAAGUAGGUUUUUGCAUAAACUAUUUUUCCAUAAAAACAUUCUGUAGAGGAUGCUAGAAACUUCUGUGCAAUCUAUACUUUUCAGCCAAUUCAGAAAGAUUCAGAAUAUAUAUCAUGGCCUCCUAAUGGAGGACAUUAUGUAUUUACUUCACAAAUAGUUACAACAGUUGUCAUCUUUGUUCCAUGAAAUUCACAGUUUCAAGGUGCUCUUUUAAAGGGUGUGAAGACAAGCUCUUUUAAUGAAUAUGUGUGGAAUAGAAUAGAUCCUACUUGUGUAGGCUUUUCAUCCUGUUCCUACUGCAUAGUGAACUAACUCCAUGCAAAGAACCCUUGAGAUUCUUUUACACUGUUACUUCAUAGUUACUGAGUUUUAUGGAAGCUACUCAUUCUGCUAUAGGCUGGACCUGCAUCAGACAGAACACUAUCAAUUCUCAGCUUAUCUCCAUUUCAUGUAAAUGGAGAAAAUAACUACAAAUGGUUGUUAGCAAAUGAUAUUCGCAUCAGAUUGAAAAGAAAUAACAAAUGUCUGUCAGAAUGGUAGAAGCUACUGUAUUUUGUGGAAGCUACUGUAGGUGUGUACUUGGGGGUGAGAAAUGUGAAACAAAGGAUCUAACCACUUGAAGUGUGAAUUUGAUUUAUGGAAAUAAAG